AUGAACUCCCUCUUCAACUCUGCAUUACGGCAGUCCAACGCCAUCCGUAAAGACCUCGAUGCUUACGCCGAGUCUGCCACGAGCUCGCCAGCUCUCCAGGGCCAGCUCACCACCUCACUCACAUCCUUCAGCCGCACACUAGACGACUAUUCGAGAAGCGCCCAGCAAGAGCUAGUUCCCGAAAAGGCACAGAAAGCCCAAGACCGCCUGACAAACUUCCGCUCCGAACUGCUCGACUACCGCAGUCGCUUCGCCCUGCUCAAAGCCGAACAUGAAGAGAAGCUGCAUCAGAACAACCGCAACGAUUUGCUAGGCCACCGUCGUCCGCACGGCGCAAAUGCUACCCCAGAGAACCCAUACGCCGACUCUGCCAUGGCCAGUUCUUCGCGCGAUGGCGGCGCGAACCCACUAUUCCGCACGCGAGACGGCUUCGUCACCACACCCACCGGUGCAGCGGGUUCAAACCCUUACUCGUCGUAUCAGUCGCCAUAUGCAUUAAGUACAGACUCUGGCGACCAAGCGCGAGAGAACCAUGCUCUGCGCGAGCAAAACUUCUUCACAUCCACAAACGCAACAUUGGACGAGUACCUAGAAAGAGGCCGCGCUGUGUUGGGGGAUCUGGGCGAGCAGCGUGACAUGCUCAAGAACACACAGAGGAAGCUCUACAGCGUUGCGAAUACACUGGGCAUCUCGGGAGACACGAUACGCAUGGUCGAGCGGAGGGCCAAGCAAGACAAGUGGAUAUUCUGGACGGGCGUGGUUGUGUUUGUUGUUUUUGUCUACUUUGUGCUCAAGUGGCUACGUUAA